AUGGCUGCAACUUUGGAGAUCUCUCAUCAAACGCGAGAUGGAGAUAUUGCUAGACUUUCUAUAACGAUAACGCACGAUAGUGGUUAUGUAGACACCAUGGAAUCUAUAGCGUUGCACUCAGAUGAGAAUGCAAAAGUGACGAUGCGAUUGACAUUCAAAGAUAACAUCGUGAUGGUGAAGCAUCCAGAUGGGAGAUUUCAGAUAACAUUCACGACAAACUCCUCAGCAAUUGAGUUCGUAGAUCGCGCGAGGAAGUUCAAAAUUGAGUGUGUAGCUGCUAAUGAGACGAUACCUCUCCUUCGUGAUGGUAUGAGGAGGACGGAGAGUUCGAGCAGCAAACUUGGUAGCCAAUCUAGUUGUUAUUCCAUGCCGCCGCCAGCGACUCAGAUUCAAACACAGUUUAGUCAGAGUUACAAACUAUCUCAACAAGCUACACCACCAGCAAGCCAGAAGCGUAAGAGAGGUGACGAAAUCUCUCUUAGAGAAGCUGAUAGCACUGAUAACAUCGAUAUCGACAUCAAUAAUGACAAGCUACUCACAGAAUCAAUUAUGAGAGUCAUACACGAACCUGAUUUCGUCAAAUUGGUCGAUAGACUGAGAUCGGUAGAUGCACUCCGUCUGACACCGAGAAGUGAUUAUUAA